UCCUCAGCUGUUCGAAUAAUGUACUCCGUAAUAAUGUGAAUGAGCAGACACUCCGAGGUGCCAGGAAUGGUGGCUCCGCACUACACAGCAGGUAGAACUCUGAAAGCCCGACCGCCGCCCGAGAUUUCAUGCCCGCUGGCCGAUUCCUCGGCGCAUUCGGCGCCAGUAGCAUUCAGCCCCUCCUCAUCCCACCAUAAUCGUCCAGGGGUCCAAAGUGCAGUUGCACGCACGCAAGACGCAAGCACAUGGAUGACAGGUGCAGACUAAGGUAGUCGGCCGGCGAAUCCCAUGAGUCAACCAACAAAGCCGAGCGAUCCUCGGGACCUUUUUUUUUUUUUUUCUUUUUU